AUGGCAUCACGUUCCGUCCAACGGAUGACGACUCUCUCCGAGGAGAUCGCAGCCAAGACUAAGAUUAUCACCGACCAUCUCACCGCUAAAGGCCUGGAUGCUGCGUCAUUCGAUGUCGACGGACUUGUCGAAUUUCCCAUCUCGCAGGAUGAUGAAGAGCCAUACAAAGCUCGAUUAGACCUUAUAGCUCUUACCAAGGAGCUGCAUGACAUUGCUCUCGGCCCAAAGGAAAACCUGAGGUACUUGGCUUGGGAUUGUGUCAACACUCUAUCCCUUCAAUCAGUAUGGGAAUUCAAGAUUGCCGAUGCUGUCCCUCUCGAUGGCACCAUCUCGUAUGAGGAUCUCACGGCAAAAGUGAGAGAGAUGAACAAUGGGCUCAACAUCUCGCUGCUCGAUCUACGCCGUCUCAUCCGCCACGCAAUGACAAAUCACAUCUUCGUAGAGCCUAAAAAGGGUUUCGUGGCUCACUCACGCACUUCGCAGCUCAUCCGAGAAGAUGCUCCUCUGCGCAACUGGGUUGGCUUCAUGUGCAAUGACCUGUGGCUACCAGUUGCCAACGUCAUCCCGGCGAUGAAGAAGUGGCCCGCGAGCGAAGAGUCGACAGAGACUGGUGUCAACCUUGCAUAUAAGCAGGAUCUUCCUUGGUUCGACUUUAUUCAGCAGGAUGCAGUGUUUUCCCGGAGAUAUAACCUGGCUAUGCAAGCCCAUGGCAGCGGAGAGGGCUACUCCAUGCAAUCGGUGAUUGAAGGAUAUCCAUGGGGCAAGCUCCCUCAAGAUGCCACCGUGGUUGAUAUGGGCGGUAACCAAGGCUACAUCUCCUUCGCCAUCUCAGAAGCCUUCCCGAAUCUCACUUUCAUCGUCCAAGAUACUCCAGGCAUGCGCACCCCGGAAACUAUCGGCAAGGUCCCCCAACAUCUCCAAUCAAAAGUCGAGCUCACCACCCACGAUUUCUUCACACCGCAGCCCAUUGUCGCAGCCGCUUACUUCUUCCGCAUGAUCUUCCACGGUUUUUCAGAUAAAUAUUGUUUACAGAUUCUUCGGGCGCUGAUCCCUUCGUUGAGAAAAGGAGCAAAGGUCAUCAUCAACGACGGAGCGUUACCGGAGCCUGGUACGGUUGGAUAUAUCGAGGAAAAGACCAUGAGGACUCUGGACCUCUUUAUGCAAGUCACUGUGAAUGCCAGGGAAAGGGAGCCGGAUGAUUGGAGAGAAUUGUUUGCACGGGCAGAUGAGCGGUUCAAGGUCAACGGUAUAUGGAAGCCGGAGAAGUCGAGGAUGUGGUUCGUCGAAGCCGAGUGGACUGGGGAGUGA